AUGUAUGAAGUAGAACGUAUUCAAGGAAUCCAAGAGCAGAGCCCAAAUGUAAAACCUCUGAGAGACAAGCCAUGGAGGAAUCCUGGUGCUAACAUCUCCGAUUACUUUAACUAUGAUUUUAAUGAAAAAAGCUGGAUCGCCUACUGUAAGAAGCAGACAAAACUUCAUGCAGCCAGUAGAAAGCUUCAAGCGAAAUUCAUGGUGUCUGAGGUAUCAAAGGCCUUGCUGGGUCCAUAUGGACACUCUAAUGACUUUGAUGGUCCCUCAACUGCACUGUACACACGUUCAUCAGGGAGGAUCGCCACCAGAGCUAGAGUGAUUGAUACUACCAAGGCCUGGGAAUACCACGCAAGGCAACUUAAGUGUGACAGGCAAAGAGAUAGAUCCAGAGAGCAUGGUGAUGAUAAAGAAAACAAAAGAGGCAGCGAUAGAGAAAAGAAGAGACAUUCUUCUUCACACAACAGCAGUGGCAGCGGCAGGAGUAGGAGGGAUGAUGAUGAGGACAAGGAAAGUAGACACUCGCACAAAAAGGCCAGGAGAAGUAGGAAGGGCAGGGAAAGCAACAUCUCUGCUGACCAAGAAAGGAAAUUAAAAUCUCACUGA